AUGAGAGCGAGGAGAUCUUCCUACUCUUUGAAAGGAUAUAAAAUAAUUCAAUUAUUAUAUAAUGGAGCAACCACACAAACAUAUAAAGUAGUAAGCGAUGCUGGCCUCCAAUUUGUUGCAAAAUUUUUGCAAAAGAAAGAUGAGCACGCAUUGACUGAAAUCGAAAUUGUCAAGAAAAUGCACCAUAAAUAUAUCUUAGAAUUCAACAAUAUGCUAGAAACAGAUACUGAGUUUGUUAUGUUAUGUCCGUUUUAUCAAUCAUUAGCUUUGCAUUAUGUUCAGAGCAUUGAUGGAUUUACACCACAAAGAUUAGCGACAUUAUUCUAUAAAAUACUUGUUGGUCUUAAAUAUAUCCAUAAUAUGAAAAUAAUUCAUGGUGAUAUCCGACCGGAAAACAUAAUUGUAUCUACAGAAAAUAAUGAGGAAACACCUCAUAUCAUAGAUUUUGGCAUUUCUCAUUAUGAAGGACAACCAUUCGAUAAUACUUUAACAACUCCAGCAUAUAAGCCUCCAGAGCAAGACCUUACAUUUAAAUCCGAUAUAUACUCGCUUGGUUUGGCGUUUUAUGUUUGUUUUUCGCAAAUACAAACUGCUUCCCAAAUCCGAAUGCAUCAGCUAUUUAGUGAAAAAGCUUGGGCAUCAUCAAAUCCGUUGUUGAUCGACCUCAUCAAAAAUAUGAUUGAGCGAGAUGUAGAAAAAAGAUUUUCUCUUGAAGAUUGCUUGAACCAUCCUUAUUUUACAGAGCAAAUCGAUGAAACUACGCGUAGUACAAUUAUGUGCUGA